UAGGUUGGAACGGUGGUAAGACUGCAAGUGAAUCAAUUACGGGUUAGCCAACAUGGAAACAAAUACAUAUUGUUGUAAACUUCAAUAUGGUUUUACUCGUUAAAAUUAAAGCUUUCCAGUGGAUUAUUAUAUACUUUUUAAAGAUAUGUUAGAAAAUUGUAUAUUCAAAGAGAGUGUGUUGAAAUAUCUUAAGAUUUCGUAUGUGUAUAAAUCAUAGUUUAGUAAUUAUAAAACCACAUAUUUGCUAUUUUCGUGACACAACAAUUGAUCAACUGUCGUAUACGAUUUUUAACCAAUUCUUAGAUAUAACAUUAUCAAUUCAAGAUGAAGAAGAAGGUUCUGUUGAUGGGUAAGAGCGGUUCAGGAAAGACUAGUAUGCGCAGCAUAAUUUUUGCCAAUUAUAUUGCUCGUGAUACACGUCGUCUGGGAGCAACAAUUGAUGUAGAACAUAGUCAUGUUCGAUUCCUUGGUAAUUUGGUGUUAAAUCUUUGGGAUUGCGGUGGUCAAGAAGCGUUCAUGGAAAAUUAUUUUGCAUCACAACGUGACAAUAUAUUUAGGAACGUAGAGGUUUUGAUCUAUGUUUUUGACGUAGAAUCCAGAGAACUAGAUAAAGACAUGCAUUAUUAUCAAAGUUGCUUAGAAGCAAUAUUACAAAAUAGUCCAGAAGCAAAGAUAUUCUGUUUAGUACAUAAGAUGGAUUUAGUACAAGAGGAUCAACGAGAUUUGAUAUUUAGAGAAAGAGAAGAAGAUCUGAAAAGACUUAGCUUGCCGCUUGAAUGUACUUGUUUUAGAACUAGCAUAUGGGAUGAAACAUUAUAUAGGGCAUGGUCAUCAAUCGUAUAUAUGUUGAUUCCAAAUGUGAAAGAGCUUGAACAGAGUUUGAAACAAUUUACAAAUAUUAUUGAUGCCGAUGAAGUACUCUUAUUUGAAAGGGCAACAUUUUUAGUAAUUAGUUAUUGUCAAAGGCAACAUCAUAGAGAUAUACAUCGAUUUGAAAAAGUUUCUAAUAUAAUAAAACAGUUCAAACUUAGUUGCAGCAAACUAGCGGCACAAUUUCAAAGUAUGGAAGUUAGAAAUACAAAUUUUGCAGCUUUUAUCGAUGUGUUUACAUCAAAUACAUAUGUAAUGGUUAUUAUGUCGGACCCUGCCAUCCCAUCAGCAGCAACAUUAAUCAAUAUACGUAAUGCACGAAAACAUUUUGAGAAAUUAGAGCGUGCUAGUCAGAGUUCGGCAUUAAGUAGAUAGAAAUCAGCUCGACCCAGGCGCGUUGUCACCCGGGUCCAGGCUGUUAAUCACUAUUGAAUCUAAGAGUCACUUUAAAAGAGAAUCAUCACAAUGAAGGUGCAUGAGAAGUUUCCUCAUUUAUUAAUUAAAGUAAAUCGAUAAUUUUGCUAAUGAAUGAAUAAUUUCAAUAUGUAAUUUGUGACAAAACUAUUAUUAAUACUGUCAUUUUCAAAGAAUCAUAUUGUAUUUCAGAAAAGAAUCUGAAUUUUUAGUUUAUUCUAUACAAAAUUUGAAAGAAUAUUUAAAAAUUUUGCUACGCAUGUACGUGUUAAUAAAUGAAUACAACAUAUAUAUAUAUAUAUAUAUAUAUAUAUAUAUAUAUAUAUACACACACACACACACACACACACACAUAUACAUAUACAUAUACAUAUACAUAUACAUACUUGUUAGUAUGAAAUUGUGCGCUAUUAGUAUCAUGUUAAGUGGACGUAUACAUAGUUGCUCGCUUAUAGUAAAUACCGUCUUGGCUCUUAGAGAUAAUACAUGGUUUUCUGGGUUAAGCUUUUUCCUGGUUCCAUGAUGUUAUGUAUUUUAUUUCUGUAUAGCAAUUAUUCUCUCUGGCCUGUUACAAAGAUAUAUAUUUUCUUAAAUUAUAUUUACUUGAUAUAAUAGUGUACAUAUAUACUUAUUAUAUAAACCGUGCUAUUGCAACAAUCAAGCUAACCGUAAUUGUAUCUUUCGAUUUAGAUAACGAUAAUGUUGAAUUAUACGUUAUAUUUUGUAUAAAAUUUUGAUUGUUACCUUUUGACAUACGGAAAGAAGAACAAAUAUUAAACAUGUAUGAAUUUAUUUACAGCUGUAUUUAUGAAGAAGUAAUAAAAGGAACAUGGAAUAAUAAAA